GAACCUAAAAGUAAUACCGCUUUGGGAAUGAGAAGGGGGAAGAAACAAAAAGAAAAGAAAACUAAAGGCCUAAAAUUGAUCUCACAUAUUCUUUGCUUCAACAGUUGUCUAACUGUAAACCCAAAAAAGCCAAACCAAAGUUCUCUUCCCUCUUUGAUUUUCCCUUUCAUGCCAGCAGCAACCAGAAAUUAGCAGUUUUCUCCAAAAAGGGUCUCUUUGAAAUAGAAAAAAAAGGAAUAAUCAGAAUAUUUUUUUUUUGAAGAAGAAGAAGAGUCAAAAAGAGUUGUUGUUUAAUGUCGCUGAGAAUUAAAGCAGUGGUUGAUAAAUUCGUACAAGAAUUGAAAGAAGCAUUAGAUGCAGAUAUACAAGACAGGAUAAUGAAAGAAAGGGAGAUGCAGAGUUACAUUGAGGAGCGAGGCAGAAAUUGCUCGGCAAGAAGCCCGGUUAAAGAUGGAGAGGGAAAACCUUGAGAAAGAGAAAAGUGUGCUAAUGGGAACUGCAUCUAAUCAAGACAAUCAAGAUGGAGCUCUUGAGAUAACAGUUAGUGGGGAGAAGUACCGUUGUCUGAGAUUUGCAAAAGCAAAGAAGUGAAGCACUAAAAGUAGGAAAAAGUUUCACUCAUAUGUUUAUUUAUACAGCUAGUUUGCUGGAUGCUCGUAUAAAAUUUAUUCAAGAUUGAACUUAUGCAGCCUCUGUUACUUAGAGAAGAAAAGAAAUUUAGAUCUGCACCUCCUUGAAAUUUUCUGGAUAAGAUAGCCUGAAAUUAUCCUGUUCUUCCUCUUUGAGGCUUGAGCUUGGAAAAUUAGUUCUACCUAAUUUGCUCUUC